AUGGAUGAAAGCAUGUCAGGGUUCUGUAAAAAAAGUAUUCGCGGUGGCGGUGGCGGUAAUGGUGGUAAUAACAAGUGUGGCCGUUGGAAUCCUACUACUGAACAGGUCGAAAUUUUGACGGACCUGUUCAGGUCUGGACUCCGAACGCCUAGCACUGAUCAGAUUCAGAAAAUUUCUACUCAACUUAGCUUUUAUGGAAAGAUAGAGAGCAAGAAUGUAUUCUACUGGUUCCAGAAUCACAAAGCCAGGGAGAGGCAGAAGCGCCGCAAAGUUUCCAUUGAUAUCGACAAGGAGUUCAUCCGUCCAGAUCAUGAGAAGAUUUCUUCUCCAAAAGAAGUGAUAACUGAACUGAGUUCGGAGCCUGCAAGAGUGAUUGAGACGCUUCAGCUCUUCCCGAUAAACUCGUUCAAUGAAUCAGGAGCAGAGAAGCUGAGAUUUUAUGCAAAUGAGUUUUGGUGCAAAGAGAGUACUAGAGGUUUCACUUACAAUACUGUUGGGGGAGAAAUGGAUCAUCAUCCACCUUUGGAUCUACGCUUAAGCUUCUUUUGA